AUGAAAUACAAAAGAGCUGCGACUCCCGCCAGCACCGUAUCUUCAUACUCUUAUUGCUCAUCGGACACCGAAUACUCUUCGAUGACACACAGUCAUACGUACAACAAAAUCAAGUCAGGGCUUCGCAGGUCGAAUCCCGCAGCAAUAGUUCUGUGGGCCUUCCACAGCCUCCCAUCAAAGAACGGCUUGACCUCCAGAAGAGUGAUAGGCUUCCUGAAGAAACACUACAGAGCUGUUGACGAUCCAAAAAGGACAGGAAAGUCUAUUGGAACCAUCAUGAGGUGCGCUGUUGACUUCGGCCUCUUACAAAAACGAGGAAAUAGAUAUUACCUGGCUAAGAGCUCUUCAAAACGUUAA